UAAAGAGCCGAAUAACGAGUAUCGGAACCAAGGAAAAAAAUUUUUUGAAAUUAAUCCAAUUCGGACCGCAUUGUGUUUCUUUAUGCCACAAAUUAUGGAUAUGUUUUCUAUCCCUAUCACGGACCCAAACGUCACCAGUUUUUAUGUGAAUAUGUUUCGACAAAAUGUAGAAUACAGGCAAACUCAGAACGUUAUCAGACACGACUUUAUGAAUCUGCUCAUUCAACUCAUGGAGAGAGGCUAUGUUGACCCAGAAGACGAAAAAGAGGCCACCAAUAUAUCGUCAACCGUAAGCAAACUUACUAUGACAGAAGCUGCUGCACAAAGUUUCAUCUUUUUCAUAGCUGGAUUUGAAACGAGCUCGACGACAGCUACGUUUGCGCUAUACGAAUUAGCUCAACAUCAAGAUAUACAAGAUAAAGUUAGCAAAGAAAUCGAUGAAAUAUUAGCAAAACAUGAUGGUUUGACAUACGAUGCUGUGAAUGAAAUGACAUAUCUUCAUAAAGUAAUAUAUGAGACUUUGAGAAAAUAUCCACCUGUCCCAAUACUGAAUCGCAUUUGUACCAAAGACAUAAGUUUACCGACAACGAACAUUCACCUGCCAAAGGGGACAUUAAUAACUAUACCGGUACUUGGACUACAUCGAGAUC